ACCUCCAACCAUCAUCUCUUAUCACCUGCAUCCCAUUUCAAUCCCCCUCAUCCACUUUUCAGUCAUUACUUCAUUAUCGCGCUCUUUGCGAGCUCCCUCCUACGUUGCCAUCCUUUGACACCCCCCUCAACUCUUCUUUCUUUUGGGGCUUCCGCCUAGGAAGCUAUCCUUCACCUUUGCAUCUCCGCUAGUCAUAUUCCGUCAGCAGCCAUGGAGCGACUUGGUCGGAUGCUUCAGGCCGCCCAAAGUAUGGGCAUGGGCGGUGCUGCCCCCGGUGGUGAUACCCCUAACCUGAUCGAUAACUCCGAAACAGUACAUAUCUCAUCGCUGGCUCUGCUGAAGAUGUUGCGACAUGGUCGGGCAGGUGUGCCUAUGGAAGUCAUGGGCCUGAUGUUGGGAGAGUUCGUGGAUGAAUAUACAGUUCGAGUAGUAGAUGUGUUUGCGAUGCCUCAGAGUGGUACUGGUGUUAGUGUCGAAGCUGUGGACCCUGUCUUUCAGACCAAGAUGAUGGAUAUGCUCCGCCAAACAGGACGGCCAGAGACCGUUGUUGGCUGGUAUCACUCUCACCCUGGUUUUGGCUGCUGGCUCUCAUCUGUCGAUAUCAACACCCAGCAAUCCUUCGAGCAGCUCACCCCGCGCGCUGUCGCCGUUGUCGUUGACCCUAUUCAAUCCGUCAAGGGCAAAGUGGUUAUUGAUGCUUUCCGACUUAUUCAACCCCAGACUGUGGUUAUGGGUCAGGAGCCUCGGCAAACAACAUCCAAUUUGGGUCACCUGAAUAAGCCAUCGAUCCAAGCACUCAUCCAUGGCCUGAACAGGCACUACUACAGCAUUGCUAUCAACUACCGUAAGACAGGGUUGGAGGAGAACAUGUUGAUGAACCUGCAUAAGCACGUUUGGACCGAGGCCCUACAGAUGAAGGAUUUCCAUGACGAAGGCGAGCACAACGUCGACCGCAUGAAGCAGCUCGUCAGCCUCGCCGAGGGCUAUGAAAAACGAGUUAAAGAAGAAACGGAACUCAGCAAGGAGCAGCUCAAGACGAGAUAUGUCGGAAAGGUCGAUCCCAAGAAGCACAUCGAGGAUGUAAGUCAACAGUUGAUUGAAGAUAAUAUUGUCGCAGUCUCGCGGCAGAUGAUCGAUAAGGAAGCCUCAGUUGCCAGGCAAUCAAAUGGAAAAGGAGCUCAGAACGGUGCCAGCAUGGAGGUGGACGAAGACCUAUAGAUGAUUAGUAGUUAUGAGGAGUAUCAUAAUUUCUGUUCCUCUGGCGAGGUACAGGACAGUAGUCCUAUCUCGCAAGGGCAGCCAUCAUGCACGGAAACAAUUAUAAAUGAAUGACGUUUCAACAUAUAUU